AGUUUUUAGUCCUCAUGUGUUCUCUUUUUAUAUGCCACCACUUGGCCAAAUAAUUCAGUAGCAUAAAAAAGCUCCUGAACUAAAGUCUCUUUUUAUUUUCUUCUUACUGGUUUCAUGCUUCAUGCUAAUAAGCUUUCUGUCACCAACCGGGCCAAACUCACAUGCAUCACAAACACAGCUGCUAAAAUCAUUGGUCUCCCCACACCCAACCACACAGAACUAAAUAACAAGCCCAUCACUCAUCUAGCAAACAACAUUGCAUAAGACAUCACUCACCCACUGAACCAAUAUAUUAUCUCACUACCCUCUGGGCACAGGUACAGUUUCCAGGUACCAUUAAGUUCAGGAGGGCUCGGCUGGGGAAAAGCCUGAUCCCUGCAGCCAUAGUCCCCCUGAACAGCAGGUCCGCUGAUCUGUCUGUCCGCUAUUGUGCUGUCAUAUAAGUUGUCAUUAUUGUUAUUAUUGUUGUGUAUGUCAUUUAUUGUUGGUGUGUAUGUAGUGUUCAUUGUCGUCUUAGAUGUACUGUCAGCGAAGACAAAUCUCCCUACGGGACAAAUCAAAUCGAAUUAAUCUCCAUUUUUUAUGCUUUCCUCCUCUUAGUUUUACUCUGUUACUGCUUUAUCAGGUCCUAUUUAUCUACAGUGGAUAUAAAAAGUCUACACACCCCUGUUCAACUGCCAGGUUUUUCUCAUGUAAAAAAAUUGAAUCAAGAUAAAUAAUUUCAUAAGUUUUUCCACCUUUAAUGUGACAUAUAACCUGUACAACACAAUUGAAAAACAAACAGAAAUCUUUCAGGGAGGUGAAGUAAACAACUGAGAUCAUGUGGUUGCAUAAGUGUGCACACCCUUUUAUAACUGGGGAUGUGGCUGUGUUCAGAUUUAACCAAUAACAUUCAAACUCAGGUUAAAUUGGAGUCAGCACACACCUGUCACCAAUUAAAGUGCAUCUGAUCAACCCCAAAUUAAGUUCAGCUGUUCUAGUAGCUUUUCCUGAUAAUUUUGUAGCCACAUCUUCCAGCACAAGCCAUGGUCCACAGAGAGCUUCCAAAUCAUUAGAGGGAUCUCAUAAUUCAAAGAUAUCAGUCAGGGAGGCUACUAAGAGGCCGACAGCAACACUAAAGGAGCUGCAGGAAUUUCUGGCAAGUACUGGCUGUGUAGUACAUGUGACAACAAUCUCCCGCUGUCUUCAUAUGUCUGGGCUAUGGGGUAGGGUGGCAAGACAGAAGCCUUAUCUUACAAAGAAAAACAUCAAAGCCCGGCUUAAUUUAGCAAAAAGACAUCUGAAAUCUCCCAAACACGUGGGAAAAUGUGUUAUGGUCUGAUGAAACCAAAGUUAUAUUUGGCGCAAAAUCAACACUGCUCAUCACCAAAAGAACACCAUACCCACCAUGAAGCAUGUUCGUGGCAGCAUCAUGCUUUGGGGCUGUUUUUCUUCAGCUGGAACUGGUGCCUUAGUCAGGGCGAAGGGAAUUCUGAACAGUUCCAAAUACCAGUCAGUGUUGGCACAAAACCUUCGGCCUUCUGCUCGAAAGCUGUAGAUGAACAGGAACUUCAUCUUUCAGCACGACAAUGACCCAAAGCACACAUCUAAAUCAACAAAAGAAUGGCUUCACCGGAAUACGAUUGAGACUUUGGAAUGGCCCAGUCAGAGCCCAGACCUGAAUCCCAUCAAACAUUUGUGGGGUGAUCUGAAGAGGGCUGUGCAUAGGAGAUGCCCUCGCAAUAUGUCAGAUUUGGAGCAGUUUUGCAAAGAAGAGUGGGCAAAUAUUGCCACAUCAAGAUGUGCCAUGCUGAUAGACUCCUACCCAAAAAGACUGAGUGCUGUAAUAAAAGCCAAAGGUGCUGCAACAAAGUAUUAGUUUAAGGGUGUGCAUAUUUAUGCAACCAGGUUAUUUUAACUUUUCUAUUUUUAUUUUUCCCCUUAAAGGUUUAAGUUUGUUUUUCAAUUGCAUUGUACAGGUUAUAGGUCACAUUAAAGGUGGAAAAAGUUGUGAAAAUAGUUAUCUUGCUGUCAUUUUCUUACAUCACUAAAACCUGGGAGUUGAACAGGGGUGUGUAGACUUAUAUCCACUGUAUGUCUUCAUUCUAUCUAAUUUUAUUGUUUCUUCAUAGCUUUUUUGUAUCAUUCUUUGACUAAUCUUUUCUACAGUUUCUCUGUCUUUCUGACUGAUCUUGCAUCUAAAGACCUCUUUGUCUUAAUUCAUGCUGUUGGGCUCUUGUGUUGUUGCAAGGUUCUCUUCUGAUGUUGGGUUUAUACUUAAAUUAGCAAUGCAGUGAAACCAAACACUCUUGUGCAGUAGUGUGGAGCACUUGGAGCAUUGCACCUCCCAAACUGACAACAAAAUCUAUGCAAUAAAGGACUUUUUGAGAACUGAAACAGACUUAUUUGCUGAGUUAGCAUGAUUUUGGGUGUUGAAGUCUUUUAGGGAGACGGUAUCUGUCAUUUUUUCCCAUUACACAAUUCUUCUUCCUGGUAUGUGGAUUUAGAUCGUCUCAAUCAGAUCACAUGUUCCCAGUCAGUGUGCAUGGCUGCUACAUAGCUGUCAUUAUUCAGUUUUUUCUCUGAGACCUUCAUGGACUAAAAGAGAAACCUUAUCAGCAUCUCCACCAGGGACUUCAAGAAAACAGGUACGCUAUAACACACAAAAUAAUUUACAGAGUUUGGUAUAGUGUUCUUGACAGUGUAGUUAUUGGGUAUGUUUUGGGCUGAUCUGACCCCAGAGAUGUCAGAUUCUGUUGAACCCACUGUGAAGCAGUCUAAUAAGGAGGGGUAUUAAUAAGAAAACUAAAGGGUUUUAAAAGAGUACCCCUGCCUACAAAAAGCAUUCAGUGAGAAGUGAAGGGGUUUUAAAUGAAGGUAAAGAGGUACAAAGUCAUCUUUCCACAAACAACCUCGACUAACCUGGAAAAACAACUUUUUACUUGUUAUUUUAAUAGCAGUUCUGCACAUUUAUAAGCAUAAUUCAGCAUGAAAUGUGUAACAAUGACUGGGUCUGGUGCAACUCUGCACAUGCGCAGUAAUGAGUAAAAGUAAGAGCUGAAGCUACAUGAUGGCGCUCAUCGGUGAUGGAGAGUAUCCGGUAAGUUUUAAGUAUUUAAGAAGGAUUUUGACAUACUGGAGGAGCAUUUGGUUAAAAUUGUGGAAGUGCUAUAGUUUGGAAAGUAUCUGCUUGUAUUUGGAUGUGGACCAACACUGCUUAACUUUCAGUCUGAGUUAAGUUUCUCAAUGGCAUUAGCAUUACUAGCAUGCUAAUGAGCCAAGCACACAUCGUUGCUGUUUGCCAUCAAAGUGACACGGUAUUGGCUUGUAAAUUGUCGUUUUGUAUUUUGAUGAUAUUGCAGCUUUCCACUGAGUGUGUGGACAGUGCUGAAGGAUAUCCUGGUGUUAUCGUGUACGAUGACCUGACAUUUCCCAUUUCCCCUCCACAAGUAAGAUUAUUACCAUUUAUGGUUUGUUGCAAAAUCUAAGUGCAUAAGCUAAAAAACCACUAUAAUAUUUUAACCUGCAUUUUUUUUCUCUCUUGCAUGGUCACAAUGCUAAUGUGCAGAGUGCCUCUGAUGAUGAGGAAGGCCCUUACAGGUAGGCAACUGUUUUGUUGACAGUUUUGAGUCAAAUUAAAAUACUGAAGCUCUGGUUGGUACUCCACUGGGUUGUAGUCUCCUUGCUUUACAGCUAUAACUGUUUGGACUGUUUCAGCAGUAGCUCCCUUACAAAGAAUAAACCAUGCCAACUGGCAUUAACACUGCAUAUAUGCCAUAAAUAGCAUAUAAUGCAGUGAAUUCUCAGUAACAUCUGCCAAUGCUUGAAGUUAAACCCAUUUAGCUCUCUGUGACAUUUCUUUCCUGCAGCUCUGUGCGACCUUUCCAGACAACCAGUGACGAUGGUGAUGAGGAGGGCUGGGAUCUUCCUGAGACUGAUGGCGCUUUACUAGACUGGUAUUUUUUUUUUUUUUUCCACGAAUCUCUUUAAUUUGAAUAAAAGUACAAAUAACUGUAGUUUUAUUUUAAUUAAAACAGUUCUUGUCACAAUGAUAUCACUGGUAUCAAAGCUUUUCAAACUCUUCUGUUGUGUUUUCACAGUGUUGUGGAGGAGUGGGAGGAGGAGAGUGAAGAACAUGAUCUACAAUCUACCCAUCUACAGCCAUUAGCCAUCAACAUCAAUUAAUACAGGGCAUUUUGGGUUUUGACCUAUGCAUAUACUUAUUUUGUAAUGAGUUUUGUUUUAGAUUUAACAUAUAUUUUUGUACCACUUUUGUCUGUUAUUAAAAUAUGUGACUGCUGCAGCUGAUUAGUGAUGUGGAUUCUUAAUGUGUUUGGCUUGUAAAAAGACCUUAUUCACUCCAAAUGACUAAGAGUGUGCAACUUUUGGUUUAAACAUAAUUGAACUGGAGAACACUUUUAUGAAUACAUAUUGGUGGGCAGUAGAGGAGUAGUGGUACGAUAUAGUCACAGUUUAGUGUGUAUCCUGGUAAUUAAGUCAGUUUGGUUCAUUUCAUUCAAAUCAGUUCAUUUUCAUUUCCAGUACGUCAAAGCUACAUCAG